GCUUCGUUGAUCUCCAAGUCAACCCCGAGUCGUCUCUCUUCCUUAGCUUGCCCUCUCCGAUCGAUCCAUAUCCCUACAGGUUCUUUUCCCUUGCCCUUGCUCAUCCUUCUCGUGUUCUCCUUUUUCUUCCUUUCCUUUCUUGGAUCUUUUCCGAGAGCGUAUUAGCUAUCGAAUCAUGACUCUGAAGUCAGUGCUUCGUGCUCUGCAGGAGGUCUUCCCGCAGAUUGAUCUCCGAAUACUUAGGGCUGUCGCUGUUGAACAUUCUGAAGAUGUUGAUGCUGCAGUAGAGUUCAUUCUAUCUGAUGUUUUACCAAUCAUAACUGAGCCAGCAGAAGCAUCAAAUCCCUAUAUUUCUCUUGAUGCAGAACAAUCACUUAACGGAAUAGGUGAUUAUUCACGGGAAGACGCGAAUCGGGCAAAUCUACUACCAUGUCACAAUGUAAUUGUUGAGCAAAAAGAGAGUCUUCUACCUUCUGAACUGGAAGCCGAAUCAGAUAUGAAUCUUUUCGCUGAUCAUGCUCAUUCAGAGCCACAAUCCUCUGUUGUGAUGCUUGCUGGAAAUUGUUCUAAUGUCCUUGGAAAGAAUGAAACCUUGGAAACCAAACUGGAGGAAGAAGUUAGUGUGCCACAGACCGUUGCAGCUAAGUGUGAUGUUAUGGAUGCUGAUGUCCAAGAAUUGGGCAAGACAAAACUUGAUGGCACUCUAGCAGCUACUUCAGACAGUUGUUCUACAUUGUCAUUCCAAACUGUUCAAAACAAUGUAGAUCUGAUGGAAUGUGGAACAAAGAUAGAGAAGGCUGUGAGCAGUUGCAUUAGUGAGCAUGAAGAACAGUUACUAGGAGCAUUCAAGGAUGUUGCCAAACUCCAAGAUAAAAUGGGACUUUGAAGCUAAUACUACUGUGUCAGCUGCUUUUACCAAUGCUGAGGAAACCUCAUCAGUCCAUGAAAUUUCUCAAGCUCAGCACUGUGAAAAAUCUGGAGAAUUUAUCACAACAUCGAAGAUUUCCAAAGUGAUUAGGAAGUACAACAGCUUGAGUGAGUAGCUGAGACGGCUUCUGUUCUUUUGCCACUUGAAGAAGAGCUGAGAGCUUAUAGCCAUUAAGGAUCUUAGGUGUGAUAUAUAAGCAAUAAUAAGGGAGUUCUCAAGGGUAAGAAGUUUUAUCUUUA